GAUCCUUUAAUUACAUGGACGGUUGCGUCGCUGCCGAAACACAUAAUCCUCACCAAGCACACAUUUUUCACUGCACGUUCUAAUUAUAAACCGCCUCCGAGACAGUAAAUAUUCCCGAGUACAGCUUGUUAAUACUCGACGCCAAUAAAACAUUGGCACUGUUUGUUGGCUGGUCAAAAUAUCACACCGACAGUAAGUAGCGGGUAAGUACACACCGAUGCAGUAAGUGAUAAAUGCUAAUCCGCCGGCGGUGUUCAAUCGUCGGUUUUAAAAACACAAAACUGAAUCGAAUUCGGUAAUUCAAGAUCGUGCCCAGUACGCAGCACUGCGGAGAAGAAACAUUUACGACUUCAGUCUUCAAUAACAUCUCCACGUAAAAAUUUAUUUUUUUCUCUUUUAUUAGCUGUUCGGCAAAAGAAGAAGGGUUCACUUAAAUAAUAACUACACGUACUGAAUUCUCCAAGUGAAUUCUGGUGAAAGCAUCAUAUUGUCUGUUUUACCUCUCGAAUUGCGGAUGGAUUUGCUCUCUCAUUUUAAGAAAUUAACUCUACUAUCAAAAAUAUUAAAUUAUGAUUUUGAAUAAGAGUGACUGUUGAUUGGCCUUAAAAUCAGUCAGAGUAAUUUUAUCCCUAAAAGUAACGUUUUGUAGCUAUGGAAACGCUAACGAAUUAGACAGAUCACCCUAAGGUUAUCCCAAGUUGCACUUGGCAAAUUUUUAUCCUUAAAAGAUUAACAUGCCGGAUUGUCUGCUAUACAAGAAUCCGAAGACAGCAGAACUGAAUUUAACCGGUUGGUAAUGAUACAAUAUCCUUCCACCGCUGUAAUCGUCAAUAUUCGAUAUACGUAGUAACAACGUUCAAAACGUUUUGUGCAUUUCCGUCUCUUAUUUGCAUAAAAAUCCGACAAGUAUCUGCAAAAAGAUUAAGCAGAUUUUAUCCAUCUGUUAAAAGGUCUGCCUUUGGGCGACAUGAAAUGAAUGCUUUCAGAAUAAGGCUGUCAUGAAUUGUGGCUAAAUAUCUGUGCGGUUUUUCACCCUUACUUAUUCGAAUUAAAAGUGGUCCUUCGAGGAAUUUCACAACACCAGUGAUUGUUAAAUAGUAAAAGCAACUGAAUACGAGCAUAAGAUUGCAUGCUCCGUCUGGUCUGAGAGACUGGAUGAUUAUGCAAUCAGGAUUCGAAUCAGUAUUUGUGGGUGUGUCUGGGGAAAAUACCAGAGGAGCAAGGUUGGUACUGAAGUAUGGAACAACAAAUAAAAACUGCCAAGACGAUGAGAAAAUACUUUCAAAGGCAAUCCUCAUUUCACAGUUAUACAAUCCUCAUUAUUACCUGAAUUGCUGGUUUUCUUUGGUGAAUCAUAAUUCCGGUAGAGUAUACGUCAAACAAGUAUAGAGUCAGUAUAGACUGGCUACUUAAAAAUGCGUGGCAAUAUUUAGUGUUCUCCAUCAAUCAGUAUGCUCGAAGAACUGUAGUUUAGUACUAACCGACCUUUCUUUUGGUUAUAAACGAAAACCUGAGUGUGUAAUGAACAUGGAAAGGUUCUCUAUUCUCCCAACGAUCUAGACAGGUUUAUGACGCUGGUAACCCAUGCCUGCAAAUCCUACAAAGACGUUUCUAUGGCUCAUCAAAUCCCUUGCAGAGGAUCACAGCUCUUAUUAAAUCAGUCAUGUCAAAGUUCGAAACAAUAUAAUUUGAAAAAUACAAAUACAAAUACAAAGGAUGGAAGUUAAUAGAGUUGUAACUCGGAGUUUCACACACUAAGCGACAAUCAGACUAAAAAUUCUGAAAACAGAUUUUGGUGAAAUAUUUUCAAGUAUAUAAAAAAACAGACUUCAAGUGUGUUUAGGAUAGUCAAAGACAGUAGUAUAAACUAAGGCCCCACCCACCUAUCCAUUUUUGUUUGAAAACAAAGAUUUUUUUCCUCCGUUUUCAUAAAACUCUGCGUCUACACUGUGCGUCAGUUUUUAAAUUGUUUCUGCCCGUCCAUACGAAACAAUGGUGACUCAAUCUCGUACCUCGAGUCUUCGUCCCUUACUGCGCCUGCUGGCUUGACGAUACCGCUGGUCAAGGGGAACGAACACGCUGGGUACGAGGGUGAUGGUGACUGAAAAUGGUACCAUAUGGGAGAAUGCGCAUUUACUAGUAUCUAACACCGCGACUUAAUCGAGAGUACAGCAAAACGGAGUUUUCAGGAAAGAUGCGUUUUCGGUAAUUGUUUUCACCGGAUACCGUAAUGUGGAGGCGGCCUUAUGCGGUUCGUGUUUUUGGCGAAGAAAUACCUGAGUCUUUGACUCCUGUUCAGUGUAAAUGCGCCCUUAAGGAUGUGGUUAAAUUAGGAAACACGUGCUGCGGAAGGAAGAACGUUUUAAACUUGAUUAAAUAGAGUUUUCUCGCUGGGGGAAAGCAAUAUCUGCGUCCGCAACAUCUGUUUCUCAUGCGGCUAAGGAUUUGCGACCGGAUUCGAAUACCUGUGUUGGCCAUGUCGGAUCAGUUGGCUUGAAUUUAGUGUUUCAAGUCUUAUUACUUUCUACCACGUAAGACUCCGGCUGCAGGGAUCAUAAGCAUCUCUCUUAUGUUUCAUUUACAUUUCACGUAUAAGACUAUUUCACAACUCAUUUUUAAAAAACUUCGUUGCCGUGAUCUGCCAUCAGAUCGUUACGUUAAUAAUCGAAGAGUACAAAGAUCGUUAAGGUGAAUUGCUUUAAAGCAAAAACGUGAAUGAACAGAACUAAUAUCGACGUUAAUUAACGAGUUUUGAUUUUCAUUCAAAAGGUAAAAGAAAAUUGCGUCUCUUUAAUUGUGUUCAUCACCUGCUUACAAUUAUCACCGCCAUAAGAAAAAUUGUAUAAUUUUCUUCUCCCUAUGCAAAGCUUCAUAAAGCAACAAUGAAAAGCCUCGCGAAAGUCGUAAUUAAACAUAAAAUGAUAUAGAAUCUGAAGGAAAAAGAAUCAGUCGUGCAUUAAGUGAAAGAACAAACUGAAUGCGCUUUUCCCAAGACAGGAAAGUGUCACUUGUGUGGCAAGUGAGUGAGAAAGGCACGGGAAAAAUCAAGCAGCUCAGCCAGUCAGUCUCGCUCGAUUCUCCACUUUACAAGAUUGUUAAUCCCGCCAUAGGUGCUCUUGUAAUUAAUUUUUUUAUUACCUUGGUCAGGAGGAGAGUAAGUGCAAAAUGAAAAAGUCAACACGAAACUAAACCGACAUGACAUCCGUUUUUGCAGUCUACGUGCUAAGUAUUGUCUGUUGAAAAAUCUUGGUCAUGUUUCUCAUAACUGGGCACACUGAAAAACGGCCCUAUCAUAGUUAAAUCGCAAAAAGAUCGAAAUGGGAUUCUGAUGUAUCUUUUGAGCCUCUGUAAUCUCGAUAAUAUGGAACAACAGCAAAAUUUUGGGGAACGACGGUUUUUUCUUACUACCUCCAAUUACCAUACUGACUUGACAUUUGCAUUGUAAAAAUCAGAUUCCGUGCUCACAUCUCGUAUUUGUUCGACGACAAAACAGUGAAAAUUUUAACCACCCCCUUCCGCUUUUUGAUGAACUUGUCUCGUGAGAGCUUUAUUAGGUGCAAAAGCCCAAAAAGAACAACUUUUUUUGUCUUGAAUAUAUGUCUGAGCGUGUAGAAACUAGGCUGGUUAAGUGUUACAAAAGUAAACAACUACAACUAAGGAUUUUCAUUUGCAUCUCAAACAGUGCCAUCUCAGCUCAAUCAAAAGAAACUCUGGUAAACAAAUCUUUUCAAUGAGAGCCAGGGGCCUUUGUUUGCCGUCGCCACAGCAACGGCUCUUAAGGAACGACCAGGUGGUGACGUCUUGAUAAUAAUUAUAUCCACCGGACGGUCGUAUUUGAUAAAAAAGGUAAAUGUUAUUGCCGUUACAGUAGUCUGUAUGUUGUAUUGUUUAAUUCAGGUGCGAUAACAACGCGUCGAACUUGAUGUCCUGAAGGCUAAAACCAGCAAAACACAGCGUGAGACGACCGAGUGACCAGAUUGCCUGUGUUGGCUGUAUAUUAACUCACUUGCUGCACAACACAGACCGGACACUAGCUAGCAAUGCGGAGGCAUUAUGUUGUUUUAUAAUUAUGAUAACUUCAAGAUCAGAAGCCGGGAUACUCGACACAGGGCCGCCAAUGGCAAAUUUAUCGAAGGUUAUGCUUCGUUUCGUGCCAGUUAUCGAUCCAGUAAAUCAGGCUGACUGUGUACUUUUUGUUCGGGGUUUGAAUUUAACAGAGUAAAAGCUACAGUUGUAGCUUGUGCCGUUGUCAUUAACGAUGGUUUACUACUUCACCAAUUACUCUAGAGGAUACGUCGUUGAAUUUGAGCCACCGUGCUUCAAAAGCUGGCUUCUAUUGCCAGCAGAAAACUUAUGGAACGAAGGCCUUCGUGGAUUUUUGUAUACAGUGGCCAUGCUGUACUUAUUCUUAGGGAUCGCGAUAAUAGCAGAUAUAUUUAUGAGCUGCAUAGAAGUAAUAACAAGUAAAAAACGAAAAGUGACACGCUACGAUCCAGAGAAGCAGGAGCGAGUUGAGAUUGAAGUUUUUGUGUGGAAUGAAACUGUGGCCAAUCUAACCCUUAUGGCGUUAGGUUCUUCAGCCCCUGAAAUUCUGCUGGCUGUGGUAGAGACGGCGCAAAAUCUUGGUAAUGAACCCGACGCAACACAAGAGGAUAAGGACGGUCUUGGUACAUUUACGAUAAUUGGUUCUGCUUCAUUUAAUCUCCUUCUUAUCACAGCGAUUUGCGUGGUAAGUGUCCCGAGUGGGACAGUUAAAAAGAUCCGCGAAUUUGGUGUAUUUAUUGUGACCUCUGCUUGGUCGCUCUUCGCCUAUGUCUGGCUACUAGUUGUUCUAAAGUGGAGUUCUCCGGACGAGAUCGAACUAUGGGAAGCAUUUGUUACUUUGAGCUUUUUUCCUCUUCUUGUCGUCACGUCAUGGUGUCAGGAUAACGGUUGGUGGUGCAAGAGAGGACGAAUCUUGAGCGUUGAAGCUCCUGAAGUGAGUACAUUCAAACAAUUGUAAUUAAACCGCAUUGUCUUUGUCAAUUAGUAAACACGGGUCAACUCAGUUGUUGGGAUUGAUUGGGGGAAAAAUCCAGUUUAUUUCCUACGUGCCUAAAAGCAUCGCUGCAAUGAACAAGGGUUGUUGUGUAGCUGGUGUAGCGCACGUGCCCUGGUGAUCAUUUGAAUAAAAUCAUUUGCAAAGCUAUCUACUUUCUAAUGUAUUUAUUAUGUAAACAUCUUCUCUUGUGUGCAUUAAGAAUUUUGUUCAAAAAGAUGCCUGUUACUCACAAUGUUUCAAAUUGCAGGAAAUACCUGAACCAGAAAGGUCGUAGGUUUAACGGUUUCUGCGUGAAGCUAGUUCCGCUACACAACUAUCGCAACCAAGAUUUUAAGUUUUCCGUGAUCUAAACCUCACAAAGUAUUUUACCGAUAAAUGUUUUGUAAAUGUUUGUGUUAAUUUGCAAGCGUAAAAUCCUUGACUUUCUAUCCCAUCAAGUAUCUUGUCAAGGCACGGCUAAGAAAUUAAAAUCUGUUCACUUUGUGCAUAGUUUUGACAUUUUCCGCCCGUAGCAUCGCCAAUACAGCCGUCUUUCCUAGCCCCUCGCCGCUAGGAACGUUUCUUCAGGGGCACCCAACGUCAAUUUUCGGAAAAUGUCUGUUCGGAAGACGAUUUGAGACGUAGAAUUUUCGGAACAUUUGUUGUAAAAUUUCUUGCUUUCCUGCCUCUCCUAGGAUUUUCGAACAUCUAGAAAAUGGUACAAUUGCCCAUUUUUAACCGAUUUUUACACUAAAAAGGUCAACUAGAAUUUUCGGGAGCCUUUUUUUUUGGCUGAAAUUUUCGAAAAGGUAAGUUUUAAUCCCUAUAAUUUUCGGAUCACUAGACUUUCAGCUAGGAAAUCCGAACAGAUGAAAAAUUUUUAGCGAAUAAAAAUAUGCCUAUAUCUACCGUUUAAAUACUAAAAUACGUUUAACAAUGCUAUGUUUAAGCGGUUUUGAACUAUAUUCUCGUUGGGUGCCCCCGUUUCUUGGGAAGAGUCUGUCAGCCGCAAAAAGUCCCUAGCGGACUGAGUUGCCUGACUGUCAAACCAACUUAAUACACGGCGAGCUGUAUCUUCAGUAAUUACAGAGAGGAAAAGGAGAAUUGCCAAAAAAUAUAACAUUGACUACUGACAUUAAAAUCUUGACUAACGAACACAUCAUUGACGGGUUUGUUGUCUACUGCUAUUACACUGUUACACAACCUCGCCCGGGAACACAAUACUCCUCGCUAUAAAUUUUUUCCUGGAGCUGAUACAGAAAAUUUAAAAUCUAUGGCAAAUUACCAUAUUACCUGCCUAUUUUAGCUGUCAACCUUCUAAUAUUGCUGGUCUGUCUUUCUACAUUUUCGAAGACAAUAGGGCACUGGUGACAGAAGCAAACUUUUGAAUUUGUUUUCAAGUGCUUCAUAAAAAAUUUAUAGAGCGCAAAAACAAUUUCUACUUCAUGUUUAUGAACCAGCUCAGUCCUUAACUUUUAAUAACUUGAACCGAUCAGUAUUCUUGCUUCCAGGCCAUUAUAUUUUUCUAUGAAAUUUAUCCGUCGGUUGCCUGUAAUCGUCAAAAUGGUUUGUAAGAACUUAAACUCAUCAGGAAAGAAACGACAAACUGAUACGGAGUUUUUUUAAGAUUGAAAUGAGAAAAUCCGCUCUUACGCUAACGAAUUCACUGACAAAGUUUUUGGCGAGUUUCUUCAUUAAAAGUACAUCCAAUACUGGGUGUAACCUUUGAGAUCUACUGCAUCCUGUCCAGACUGUCAUAUAUCAAAUUUCGGCAGAUUUUUAUUUUCACUGGGCAUGGAGUAAGAGAGUUGAGAAGUCAGGGAUGACAGACGCUUGCUUGAAUAAUAUGAAGCUUACAUUUUGAAAUUACCCGUAAGCGAUCAGUUUCAUUAUUAUACACAACCUUGUUCCCAGGUUCUAUUAAUACAUUGUACUCAUUAUCUGUUUUCUUAUUGGCUAAGAGCCUACAGCUACAGUAAUUUUGGAAAUCAGCGUAACCUACAGAUAAGUUAGUUAUAGGUUGCGCACGCAAUGCAUGAUUUCCAACAACAAUAUUAAUUCAGGUUCCUUGCGAUGGUGUGUUGUCGUUAUUUUCUUCAAACCAACGUAUACUAAAACAAUUAUUAGAUUCGGUUUUUGUGAUAUCCUAAAUCAUCAAGGUCUCGGUAAGUGUUUUAAAUAAGCCUCGGCCUUCGGCCUGGCCGAUAACACUACCUCGACCUUGAUUAUUGUGGAUAUUACAAAAACAAUAAAAAAACAAUAAUUGUUUAAAAUUUACAGAAAUAUGAAAGGAAGAAAAAACAACAACAACAACGUGAAAACGUCACCAAAAAGGUUUUUCACAGGCUCUGGCGAAGGCAUUUAGGUCAAUUAGUAUAAAUGUUAAGCGCCAAGUCAGGGAGGACAUUGACAAAGGAAACCCUCCCUGAAUAGGAAGGAAGGACUGGACCUACCAGCAAUUUAUAAUUCUCUCUUGGGAAUUCGUAACUUUUCAUCGUCUCUUCAUAACGCUGAGGAAGUUCGAGUGAUACGCACGAAAUAUUCGUGUUGUUUUUUAAUUUUUGCUCUUAGUUUUGGAAUUUUCUAUACUAAACGAGAAUGAUUUUUCUAUCAGAAAUCCCUUGCGCCGUAAAUGAAACCCGCAUUUUUAUUGAGGUUCAGUUUCAAUCCAAGCACUCAGAACUUCCGGCUUUAUCGACCAUGUCGAGUGAAUUGUUUCUUGAAAGGAGCAAUAUGCCUCGACAAGAACCACGGAACCUGUUUGUUUCCCAGGGUUCUUGCAGGUUUUCAGGGACAACAUCAAUGUCAAUAUUUUGCAAUUUCUGCUAAUAACUUCCAUGUAUUCCAAAACGUCAUGGGGAAACCGCAAAUUCCGGUUGGAAUUUUAAAAUCAAAUUGUUAGCGCCAUUCUAUUUUAGACCCCAUCGGCGUUCAGGGGAUGCAGUUGUCUAGUUUACUUCCAGAAGUCUAUUCAGCUGAUUUGCCUACACUUUGUACAUGUUUGUAGUGGAAACUUUUCCUUUAAGGUCAUAUUUAAUUCUUAAAUGCUUAUGCAUGAGAUUUCCAACGGGAUGCCUUGUGUACGACACCUUUGGAAGAUUUCCCGAUUUGAUACGUCUUUUAAGGUGGUAGAUGGCAUUAUUAAUUUGAAAUUUGGAGAAAUUUUUGUGCUCGGUUCUGUCAAAUUUAAUACGGCUAGCUAGCCCGCUUGGCUGGCGGUUUUUUUUGUGAGUUUUUCCUUUUGUGGCUCGUUAAGUAAGAGAUACGGACGCGCGAAAGUUGAACAGUGGUUAAACUAGAAAACGAUGGGGGAGGGGGUGAGGGGCAGUGAGAAAAACCGCCGGUUUUUCUCUCUCCACCCUCGCCUCUCCCCCAUCGUUUUUCUAGUCGAACCUAGAAUGUUCACACGAUCACAGUCCCCUAUUUUUUCGUGAGAUCGUUGAGAUAUAGCGCGGAUUACCAGGGGAGGAUCCAGGAUUUUUUUUAGGAGGGGGUACACUCGUCUCUUGCUCUACUUCAACACCAAUAAACCACAUAGUUUCUUUUUGGUGGAAUACCAGUUGUAUUAGAAAACCGCAGGUCAUCUCAGGUGGGGGGGUGCGCACCCCCUGCACCCUCCCCCUAGAUCCGCCACUGCUUACCGUUAAUGACGACCAUCUUGAUUUUCAGAUGUACCGAGGGGCGUACGUCGGGGAUUAUAGCUCUAAGGGGACGGGGGCGAGAAAAAUAGAAAAAUGUUUUUCUCGCUUCCUCCCAAACAUGCAAGAUGGCAGCCCUUAACGCAAAGCCCUCGAUCUCGACGAUCUUACGGAAAAAUAGAGGACUGUGAACAGUCAACGGGGCCAUAGGCCCCGUUCAUACUGAGAUCGUUUAAAUGAGAUCGAUCUGAGAUCGAUCGAGGCUGCUUUUAAUACGAGCUCAAAACGAAGAAAAUCACACCAGAAAAACCACGAUGUGUAUCGGUGAAUUUGCAUGCUUUCUUUAAAAGUUUCAUUUAUCUACUUAAAAUAUUAAACCUUGGCUAACGAUGACUUGAAUGCCGGUCAUGGUUUUUAAUACGCUUAUUGAAGGCUAUCUAAAUAUACAAACGUCUUGACCCUUUUUUUAAACCCUCAAUCGCUAAACUUGACCUAAAAUUUAUCAAGUUGGACAGUUUGCUUGUCCUACCCACGGAAGAAAGGCAGCGCCGUAGCUAGUAUGAGGCCAACCGAGGCACUCGCCUCGGUAAAAUUUGACGAAUUUCGCCGAUCAUUUUUAUUUUACAUAAGCGAUCAUCGGAUAUUUUUAACGCAUCAUGAUAUUACAAAGAAUUCAGCAAUUCAGUCAAUAUACUAUGAAAAAAUUACCAUAUCAUCGAUCUCAAGGGGCUACGUACGUUAUGCAUCAGUCAAUUCCACCUGCGCCCAGCCCCCCCCGGCUGACCCCCGGGAAUUAGCAUUUUUUUUGCCUUGGAUGGCAAAUUCCCGGGGGUGGGGACUCUUGAGCUGGCAAAUCCCCCGGGGUGGGGACGAAAAAAGAGGGCAAAUGCCCCGUCCUUCGUCAACAGUGCAAUAUUUUUUAUUGAUCGCACAGUCCAAUAGUGCCAUUUUAAUGUGCGAUUUUUUGUUUCAAUUAACGUCUUCCUUUGUAAUAGCGCUAGGAUUAUAAUCAAGACUUCACACCGCGACAACAUGCACCAGUUUAUGGUUUUAGUAUUGAUAUAAAAGUACUGACAUUAAAAUUAACAGAGCGCUGUAAAGUUAUAUGUUAUGAAUAGUUUUAUAAAUAUGAAAGGGUGUUCUUCAAAUAAUAUCAACAGAAAGUUGAUUCAAUAACCAAAAAACGUUGAUUCACAUCGAUAGCUCCAAUUUCGCUAUGUAAUUCUGGCUUGAUAAGCAAUGAAGAAAUGCAUACAUACAUGUAAAAUCGUGAACAUGCCUUUACAACCCUCUACAAUAUAUUCCUGUCCUUGACAGAUGAGCCAAUCUGCUUUUUUUUCCAGUAAAACCUUCUGUGUAGUUAUAUUCUGAUAGGAAACCGCGCGCGUGUCAAAAGUUCGGGAAUGGCCCGGGGGUUGGCAAAUGCCCGGCCCCCCUGGGCGCAGGUGGAAUUGACUGAUGCAUUAACUCAAAUUUUUUUUGAACAAAUACUGAUCAAAACCAUUGGCGAGGUUAACGGUCACCCAGAUUAUGUAGCUUGUUUCUGAUUAUUGCUUUUUAAAAUCCACUUAAAUUAACUCGAAAAAAAGUUACCGAAAGGCCCAGAAAACGCUGCAAAUCGCAUUUCCGAGAGACUAAAGUUCAAAAUUUCUCGGGGGGGGGGGGCAUGCCCCCGAACCCCCCUAGCAACUCCCGCCUGCCUCGGUUGGCCGUUUGGUCUGGCUACGGCACUGAAAGGGAUGAACAAUUCAAACCGCGGUCUAUAUGGUGUAAGGACUUCGUUUAAAUGACAGGCUCUCUAAUUUUACAGUAAACAAGCUAAUGCUAAAACAAAAAUUCAAAAUCACGUAAUAAGUUAGCACUGGCAAAGUUGAUUCUUACCUGUUUAUACCUUGUUCGUUAAAAAAAGAGACGGUUUCUUAUUAAAACAAACGGUCCACAAUGGCGCGGAAGAUUUGUACAGGCCGCCAAAAAAUGGCGGGAAAAUUCAGCGCCUGCUUCAAAGAGCUGACGCUGGUCAGAAGUGGGGCUCAAGUCCGCCAUGUUUGUCAUGUUGCUCGAACACGCGGUUGAAAAAAGUUGUAAAUGACUCGUAAAAACAGGAACGUCUUGGACGAAGUAUGGUCCAAAAGGAAGCGAAAAUGUAAUAUGAGAAAUUUUUUAAAAAAUUGUUGUUAAUGUGCUUUUGCAUUUAGACUUGGUUUUGAAGUUUUCUGCGCGAAAACACAAAGCAGCUUCUACCUUGAAGUAUGAUUGAAGUUUGAAAUAGUCUUUUCUUUUUUCUUCAGGUUCGCGUUGUGGGACUUGCAGAACCUGGGAGCCCUACGAUCAUGCAUCGCUCGAUGGAACUUAGGGCUUUGGAACAGCAAAGAUUCAGGUGAAUGCUGAAAAAGUUGUUAUGUUGAUGUGAACACAAUACUGUGUGCGCGCAGCGGUAUGGAGUCCUUUGAGUAAGCUGAAAUGAUAAGUUUUGUUAUUUGUAUCGGUCAAGUCGAAGCUUCAACAUCUCCCCCUUCAUUUUAAUUUUUUUAUUUAUCAGCGUUCAAAUUUGCUGAAUUUGCCCCUCCCCGAGCCAGAAAGUCGUUCAAAAGCCCCAUCACAGAUCCAUGAUCAAACUCGUGCCCAGAUGCUGAAGGCGUAAGACAAUUCAAUUUUUUUGAUUGGGAACUCAAACUGUUUAGAUAGUGGUGUGAGUGUUUUCAGCUGCCCACGUUAUGUAUGGCAUGUACCAUUCAUUCUUUACAAGGUCUCAAGUUUUGUUCUAAAAAACCUGUUUGCUAAGCAGUUUAUUCCAUCUUACUAUGGACUGCAAAACCUUUUUUAUGUUAGGCCAUCCCCUUUUUUUUCGCUCAGCGUCAAAUGCGUUUCCUGAUGUGGGGUCGGUCGGUCGGAUUGAAAAAAAAAAUUCUAAAAAAAAAAUCACAAGAAGUCUCGGAAUAAAAGCCCGUGGUACCCCAGGAAGACGUUAAAAGUUAACAUUCACUUACAGCUGUAUUUGGAUGAACAAAAUGCACAAUAUACUGUAAAAAGUGUUCCUGUUUUUGUUCCUGUUUUUCUCUAUGCUGUUACUAAACUCAUUUUUCAGAUUAAAAGAAUUAUUUCGCGAGAAAAAUGGUUUAACUAGGUCGUUACUUAUUUUUUUUUUGAAAAUGCCGAAAAUUUGGGUCGGUCAGAUGACACUAAAUGGAGAAAAAAAAGACGAUGGCCUUACAGUCAAACUCUGUUAUGGACAAAAGUGUCUGUAUUAAUGGAGUGUCCAUAUUAAGUGGAUCAUGUUAUUUAAGUCAAAAAACACCUUUUUUUGAACAAUACUAAAGUAAAAACAGGAAAUUUAAUAAACAGCAUAUUUGUCAAAUUACACAUUUCUAACCUUCACAAAGCCAUCAUUCCGUGGCUUAAAUCCAGGGAAACACUCAAAAAUUGCUCAUUUAUAUAUAACUGAAUUAAAACUGUUCUCUGCGUAAUGGUUAUGCCGAAAUUAGUCUGAAAUUGAAGUCUACAAAUCAUUCUAUCUGGUGUACUGUAGUGUUGCGAACACUGACAGGCUGUCAACUGAAGGUUUUUUUACCUUCAAAAAGGAAAGAUCUAUUGUACAACACACUUAAUGAAGUGUCCGCAUUAGCGUGGUUAGCUUUCUUUGAGAAUUUUGAUCAGACAAGAAAAUAAGUCUGUUGUCCGCUUUAACAAGUGUCCGUAUAAAACAGGUUGAUUUGGGAGAAAAUGUAAGGGCAUCCCCAGGAACAAACAAAACUGUCUGUAAUAACUUGCCUAGUCUCUGUGCGGCAUUUUCCCAGUCCCUAUCGGUCAAGCGGGAAACUCCCAGACAAAAACAGAAUGCGCAUGUGUGCGUUGCUUUUUGAAAUUCAAAGAUUGUAAAAACUAACGUUUAGUGUAACAGGAGAUUUUGGUUUUUUUAACAACCCUCAUGGAUAUUUGCAGGAUCAACUUUUGCUGACGGGCUUUAUUUUAUUCAUAGUCCUAUGAAGAUUGACACUGCUCCUUCAAUCUCAUCAUUCCAACUGAGCUAUCAGAGUUUGCUGCUCGCAAAUUUUCAAAGUAAAAACAAUAUUGACCCUCUGUGUAACUUAGACCUCAAAUCUUGAAUAAUUAGAAAAACAAUACUUUAAAAUAAAAUUCAUUAGCUGCAUAUCAAAAAGUGCCCAUAAACUGAAUCUAAAAGUAAAAAUCCUAUAAAAUUUGCGUACAUUCACAGAAGUGAUGCGCGUAUUAAUGUGAGAAUCAUGCAUGCACUGUCUCAGGAUCGUGUUUUGAGCUAAUGUUAAUCAAUGAAAGAACACACAACAAUAGACAGAGAAAUUAUUUAACGAAAAAUUUUUAUUCAAAGGCCCAUAAAUUAAUCCUUAAAAGCAAUUCGCGUAACACAAAUUUGGCAUUAGCAUUCUUUUGAAGUUUCCUUUCCCAUCUGUGUGUUUUAGCGGUGUAUUUUUAACCUUGAAAUGCAAGACACUUGUCUUGUUUACCAUCGCCAUUGAGCUGUCUCACUUUUGUCUCACUUUUGAGGAGUUUUGUCUAGGCCUCACGUUUUUGCUUGGACCACGUAACCCAAAACGCUUUGGCCACACAAAUGAGGUCUAGGGACUAGGCAAUGUAAUAAUGAGGUGUGCACAUUAAGCGGGUGUCCAUUAAAGUGGGGUUUGACCGUAUCUCAAAAAGGACUUUUCAAACCUUUUUCCCCAUUUUAAGACAAAGGCUUAGCCAGAAAGCCAAAAGUAAAACCUGUUGGUCACUUAAUCCUCGGGCAGACUCCUGGACCACUGUGCCUGGCCCAUCAGCAUAUAUACACAUAGCACUGUGCCAUGUCAGCAUUAUAUGUAAGAAUAUUGUCAGUAUUUAAAACUUUUUGCCAUGGAAAUUCUGCCAGUAAAGUUAUCCUUGACCUGUUGGAGGUGGCUGGUUGUAUGCGAAGUAAGCUGUUAUUUUAAAGUCAGUGAUCUCUUUUUGUCUCUUAACAGUGAUGAUGACUUAGCUGGAAGCAAGGAAACAAUUAGGUAAUUUGUGUAAAUAUUCUGUCAGCUAUGGACACUGUAGGAUAUGUAAUAAUUUUCUGACAUUUAUAUAUGCUGUUUAUUUUUACUCUUUCCCUUAUUAGUGAUGAUAUAUUUUGGUUUUCUUUCUUAAACAAUUUGCAGACUGAAGCAGAUGUAGAGCUAAUGCCAAUAAAUACUUAAAUCUGGACACUCAAUAAAUUGAGAGUUUCCAUUUGGAUUCAUCUUUGUCAGAGUUUCGUAGAUUUCAAAAUGAUAGCCCCAGAGAAGCUUCAAUAUAUUGUGCAUUUUUCAAGUUAAGUUUGAUUUACGGUAGUGAAAAAAAUAUUUUGUUUUCCAUUUCUGUCAACAGAAAAGUUGUGAACAUGUGGAAAGGCUCAAACCCUGACCGUAAUGCCAAUAAAACAACAGCAGAUGUAGUCCUAGCUUUGAAGCAGUAUAAGCAGAUCACUCAGCAGCCUCAAAACAGUGCUUCAACCAGAGCACGGUACGAUGCUUUUUCAAAUAAAUUUAUGGAAAAAUUUCCUCUCUAUUUUAGGUUUUGGGCUAAGUUUGCCACUUUAAUUGGUUUAUCUAAAGGGGUCAUUGUUUACUUAACAAUAUUAUUCUUUAAUUUGUUUUUAGUUUUCGCCAUGCUGCAUUGCGUAGUGUAACGCGAAAGAAGCAGGGAAACUUCACAGUACGCCAAGAACCAGACAAAGAUCAAGAUCAGCAGCAAUUGAAUCUUCUUUCCAUGUCUUUCUAUGGAUCAAAGCUUCUAACAGGAGGUAAUGUAUUACAAUUAUGUUGGAUACAAGUAUUUUCCUGCUUCAAGGGAGAAAUAGUUACCUGUAGAUCUAACCCUCAUGUUUAAUUCAUUCACUCAUUUCUGGACAGAAAGUGGGAAAUUUUGUUAAAAAACUCCUUUUAAAGCUAGCGGAAGUCAGGCUGUUUCAGCCAAAUCGAACCAACCUAAACUACCCAAAUUGCUGUUUAUAAGUCAAGCACUUGGUUACAUUCUGUUCCUGAUUCUAAAAAUCAACUUUGGAAGUUAAGGGAUGUGCAGAAAGCAAAAAAUGUGGUAGUCCCUUUUAUUGGGAGCACAUUAUAAUAUUAUUUUAAUUGGAUGCAUGUUCCCCUACUAAAAACCAUAGGAAGAAAAGAAGUAUCUUAGGUUCUGACUCCAAUUGAUUUUAUUGAGUUUUUACCCCAACAGAUGAAAAAUGUUUCAACUUCAGUGCAUCUUCAUAUUCAGUUGUGAAAAGUGCCAAGAAAUUAACAGUGGAAGUUCAACUCAGUCAAAGGAUGCCCAGGUUUGCAUGUCAUUCUUGAGUUAGUAAUAACUUAAAGUCAAGAAACCUUGGAAGUAUGAAAUGCGACAGUUUUGUCAUCCAUAGUUUAUUUUCUUUAUGCUGUUUACUCAGAUUGCUUUAAAGUGUCAAACAGUUCCACUCUUUUUGCCUGGUCUAUAAAUUAUUUUUGUUUUGAUGUGGAACUAACAGACUUAACUUCGUUUUACAGGUCACUGGCUGUUUCAUGCCUGGUCUAACUAUUUUGUUUUUAAGUGGAACUAACAGACUUAACUUCAUUUUACAGGUCACCCGCUGUUUCACGUAAAAAACUGUCAUUACCAGCUCCAUAUGACCCAAGAACACCAAUCACUCAAGAAAAUAAGAAUCAACUUUCUAUACCGGUUUGUAGAUGUUUGAAUUAUUUGUAAUAUAAUUACAUGUACAGUGUGAAAUGUUAUGUCUGUAUGGCUUGUUGAUUACAUUAUGUUUUAGUCUCUUCAGUGACUAAGAAUUGUAUGUAGAACAGUGUGAGUGAUGAUUUUGCUUAGAAAUUCAAAUUCCAAUUACUUCAAAGGCCCAGUUCAGACGCCGUACUUCACAUGAACUUAGUUCAUUGAAUCCAAUUGGGCUUAUGUGAAGUAGGGAAUCUGAAGUGGGCCUAAGCUCUAAUUUGGCUCAUUGACUAGUUUCAAUGUUAAGCUCUGUAAGAGUGUAUGUACUUCGAAUAAUCUGAACAUAAUUUAAAUUAAUUUGAAAAAAAACUCAUCUCUUUCUUCACCAGGGUCCAUCACUGCUCUAUUUAGUUCCAAUAUUUUAUGUCAAACUCAAUAAAUUUCUAUUCAUAUAAAGUACAAUAAUUAAUGUUUUGAAGGAAAGUAAUGGUGGGCCCUUAUCAACUCCUAAACUUGGAAGGAUGAUACCAUCAAGGGACAGUGCUUACAACACAGGAGAUACAGCCUCUCAAGCAACUCUUAACAGUGAUACCAUGGGCAGUGACUCAGCACAAGCUUCCAGUAUUGACUUUUCUGUUGAUUAUGAGACUCGUGAUGGCUCUGCAAGAAAUGGAAAGGACUAUAACAGUUUAAAAGGCACACUGGUGAGUAAUCAUAGCGAAAGUAUAUUUUCCCCUGUUUCAAGACCUUUUGAAAGUUAAAGAGUUCAUUUGUCAAAUAAUAUGAUUUAAGUAUGUGUACUAAUAUUUGUACAGUACAAGUAGGUAUUUCAAGAGGAAAUAUGGAAUGAGAGAUAAAAUAAAAAAAUUAAUAACAACAACAAAAUUGAUCAUGUCGUAAAGACUAUCUUCUUUGAGUUCAUUUAAACUUUAUUGUUUAGAAGUUAAAACAGUCACAUCUAGAAAUUAUUAUUAUUAUUAUUAUUUUUAUUAGUUGCUUUAUUUUGCAGACAUUUAAACCAGGAGAUACUAAAAAGGCAUUGACAAUAACUCUAAUUCACCAUGAAGGAUACACACAGGAGAAAGACUUUUAUGUGUUGUUGAAGAAUCCAGUGGGAAAAGCAGAACUAGGAGAACCUAACCUGGCCAGGAUCACAAUAAUUGAUGAUGACGGUAAUGAUCUUUAUCUCUGUGAAAAGUACAUCGUGACAGGGCUGCAAAUAACGGUUGGUCGUUGGACAUUGACCGACCAAAAUUUGCUAAUGUCUGUUGUGGUUGAGCCCAAAGGACAACUUUUGGAGUUAUCUUAAUCAUCUAUGUGAGAUUGUAGUCAUCUGGAACAACCAGAUGAUUGCGAAUAUGGAUCCCUGAGUUAGUUUUGAUAAAUAUAAGCAUACAGUCAGCUUUAGCUGUCACAUACUUAAAAUGGUGAGACCAGGUCAAGUCCUUCUUGACAUAAACACCAAGAUAUGAACUGGUGUAUUACGUUAUGGCUGUCUACAGUAUUAUUAUAUUAAGGCUAAACCCUUCUUGGUUGUGUUUUGUUUUGUAGAACCUGGGGAAUUUUCAUUUGAACAAGCAUGCUAUUUUGCUAACGUGGUAUCUGGAGAUGUAACAUGUAGUAUCAUUAGAAAGAAAGGCUGUGAUGGAACUGUUACAUUGACCUACAACACAAUGUGGGUUUGAGUAUACUUCUUAUUAUUUAAAUAAUUUUCUACAUGUUAUUCAACCCUUUUAUUAAACUAAUGCAUUUUUGGUUUUUAGGAACGGUACUGGCUCAGGUGGUUCUGCAGAUGACUUGAAUGACAAAAAGUGUGACUUUGAGCAUGCAGUGGAGGGGAAGUUAGUCUUCCAACAUGGAGAGACGUCAAAAGAGCUUAUCAUAAGAGUCAACCCUGAUUGUCAGGUAGGAUGUGUCUACAAUGUACAUUUAGAUCAGCCUUUGUAGUUUAAUACCAUCAGGCGACAUGUUACAACUCACUUUGACUCUGAAGGUGACUACUACAAAGGUUGUUGAAACGUGAGUUACUGUCAACCACAGUCUUUAAUUCAGGACUAUUUUCACCCAGUUGAUCAUGCUCCACCAACUUAUGAUUGAUUUACCUGACAAAAUUUUUCCACUUCACAUUGCAAUAGCUGCUAUAGUACUGACAUUGAUAUAAGAGCUCGAUAUCUUAGUGAACUCUAUUAGGGUUCAAUAGUUUGCUUUUUUAUUAUCUGACCAGUGAAUACCUCAUGUAAACUAUUUAAGAAUCCCAGCUCUUUGCAAGGCUAUUUUAGGGAUCAGUCUGUAUUGUAUUAAUGUCAGCAAUGCAUGGUUUUAUAUUUUUAUUGUAUUGUACUCUAAUUUUUAGAUCAUGAUAACAAUAAAUUGCCAAUGUCACUCUACAGUGUUGCUUUUUUUUUGUUUUUUUUUUUAGCAAGUUGGUUUUCUCACUUAAUAAAAAUUAUGCUCUUUCACUGAUUCGUUCAUUCACUCAUUGUGAGAAGUCUUAUUUGUAUAAUAAAUUGUGAAAUAUAAUUUUCUAAGUUCCUUCUGUUUUUCCCUCCACUUUUACAUUAUUGAGCGAGUUAUUUCUACAGAUUCCAAUCCAUAUUCAUUUUUUCAAUAUUUCAGAAUAAAAACUUCAUUGUAUUGUUGAGUAAUCUGAGUCCAGGAGCCAAACUUGGGAAAAAAAGUGCUGCAGUUGUUAACAUAACCAAUGGUAAGCUUGUUGAAAAAGAUUCCCAGGCAGCCUGCAUUCCCUCAUGGGCAACAUCAUUAUUUACCUCUCACAGGAAAGAGGGCAUGGUACAUUUUUUUAUCAGUUAACUUGUGUAAGAGCCAGAAUCUUGAUCUCUUUUGGAUUGGAUCGGACCUGACACAAUAGACAUAUGAAUAGAUUUACAGUUGGCGCUGCAGUUGCUUGUUGUGCCUCAUGGAAAUCUGACUCCUGUUAUCUAAUAUGUACAUUAAAUGGCUUAAAUUCUAGUGCAUUUCACACAAUGUCUUGACUGAACACCUAUUGGCUUAAUAUACCAUAACAAGACAAUCAAACAUAAGUUUCUUUAAUUUGGAGGGCCAUCGGUGACUCGCAAUGUAAAUAAUGCAUCAGUGUUUCUUUUUCCCCUUCUUUAUAAUUAAAGUAAAGGAGGAGGUAAAUGCAGGUUACCUUUGGGUGGAGCCUUUCCACACGUCUAUCCCUGAGUAACUGCUGGUAGAAACAGUGUCAUCAACAACAAAAUUAUCAGGAUUGUUACAUAUUAUAAUAGAGAGGAGAAGUCAUCACGUCACGUUGCCAUGGUAGCAAAAUUUCCGGAUGACAACAAACCAAAAACAUCACUUAAAAAGUGAACUUGCCCUGUUUCGAACUCCAUUGAUCUUAUUCAAUUUCAUUUAAUUUGUAAAAUCUUGGCGAAGUUGUCACAGGUUGAAUCCCAAAGGACCAUAUAGAAAAAGAAAAUUUUUGUGCUGUGUUCACCAACUCUGUAAAGCGUGCGCAUGAAAUUAGGAAGUUUGUCGCAGACUUGCAACGGCAGCAAAGAAAUAUACAGAAAAGCGUGAUACACGUGCAAAUUUGUUGCUUUGCUAAUAUAAACUGAUUGCUUUUUUGCCGUUCUUGUUGCUGUCGUCGUCGUUGUUGCUUAAGCUCCCUAUUGUUGUGAUCCAGACAUGUUGCUACCAUGGUAACAUGCUGUCACAAUUCUCCUCUCUGUUUUUAAAUGAUGGUUGAUUUAACUUCCAAGAUUGGCCCCAAAUCCUUUAUGUAAAAUAUUGUUGUUUCAGAUGUGGAUAAUAUUGUUGAGAGAGUAGCAAAUAUAAUGACAGCAGAAGAUGAGCACAGCUUGACGAAGAGUUGGCGAUCACAAUUUGAAGAGUAUGUUGAAAGCUCUGUUAAGGGUCCAUUAAUAUUAAGUGCUGCUCCAAUGCAACUGUUUGUUUCAGUGGAAACUGAGUAAAUAUGGUGAUCUGGUCUUGCUUAAAAUGUUCUGUAUUACAUUUAUUUAGAAUGCAAAAUCUGUGAGAAAUUGUCUUUGAAGCUGAGGACAGGGAGGAAGGAAGGGGUCUAAAGCUUCAAAAAGCUGAUGUUGUUAUUAAGGAAAUUGCUCCAAAUAAAACAAUGAACACUAACAGUUUGUUCCUUCCUCAUGGGGAUGUAUUUCUCUUGUUAGUCAGGAAACAUUUUGCACAUGAAUGAGCAAAAUGUGCAAUCAUGUACUUGAACUGAUUCAUAAUUCAGUUUUUGGAGAAUUGGUAAAAGUGAAGAGGAGCUCCCCUAAAAUUAUGUUGGCCAACUGUCAGUAAACGUUCUGCCAACAGUGGUAAAUAAGGAAGUUUUAAGUCUUAAUAAACCUUGAAUACUUCAAGAUCGCUCAUCUUGGGUACGUAAAAUUAAAAAGUCACACCUGUACUUACCUGCCUACCCUUUUUCUCACAGUAAAGUUGACAUGUGUUUUAUUCGUCGAAAGUAAUAAUUAUUGUUUUGUCCUUUGUCUCUCAUUGACCUGACCUUUUUCUCAGGUCUAUCAUGUUCUUUCCCAGCCCUCUUUUUGUUACUCUCUUCAUCUCCCCUCUGCAUGGCUGCAUUGCAGUUAGAGUGGAAUUUAUUCUCAGUUUUUGACUGCAUGUUUAUUAUUGUGAAAAGGGCAAUAGUUAUUCAAGGAGAAGAGGAUGAAGAUGGAAAACAAGAGCCACUUAGUGCCAUGGACUUUUCGCUUCAUUUUCUGACAUUCUUUUGGAAAGUUCUUUUUGCCUUUGUUCCUCCAAGGUAACCUAAAAUAUUACAAUUGUGGUUCCUCUAUCAUUAUAUAACUAACAGGUGAUCUUGACAAAAAGAAUUGUUGGUCCCCUCUGAAUUUUGAAAAGCAACUUUCAAGCAGCUCUUCUCCAAGAUGAAUCUUGAAAAUGUGUCUUAAGAAAUUUCUCCCCUUUUUCUCAAGUCAUUCUUGACUCUUUCUCCCUUGUACUGCUAUGCACAUGAUCAGACUUCAAGAUGCAUCACCCUACAUGUAUGUUACUUUCAUCAUUUUCAUACUUUAAAAAACCAAAAAGUGGACUUUAUUAAUGUUAAGAAAAUGCUACAUCAAUCUUUUUAUCCAAGUGCUGGUAUAAUACUUUUUAUAACAGCCAUGAAUGGUUUUCCUUUUUCACAGAAACUUUCUUGGGGGAUGGCCAGCCUUCAUCAUUUCCUUGUUGUUCAUAGCAGGUCUUACUGCUUUAGUGGAACAGGUACACAUAGACUGUAUUAUCUUGUGGAAAAAAGAUAUUUCUUCAUGCAUGUUGUAAAAAAUAAAUGUAUCCAUUAACUUUGGGCACUUUGUUCAUGAGCUAGCAAGUCUUGCAUUUUAUUUUUCAGCUUGGAAAGCUUCUUGGUUGUGUAGUAGGGCUCAAGAACAGCGUUACUGGGAUCACAAUAAUUGCAAUUGGAACCAGCUUACCAGAUACCUUUGCCAGUCGCAGUGCUGCUUUACAUGAUAUCGGAGCAGAUGCUUCUAUUGGCAACAUCACAGGUCAGUCCAUCAAUUUGCUGGGAAACCCAUCAAUGAAGGCUUGUAGUGUAUUUAGUGGUGUGCCUUUCAUCAGUUUAGUAGACUUGAAACUAAAUGAAAACUUGAUGCUUAAUACAACCUUGCUAAGGAAUCGUAAAAAUGCUGACAUAACAAUCUGACAAACUGAUCUUUCACAUCCAUAAUUAUCUUGAUUACUGCUGCCAUGUGAAAAUCUUCAAUCAUUUGUUUAUUACAAACAAAACAGGUUGUUAAACAGGUUGUGUCAUCAGUAUGUGUCAAUGUCAAUAAAAUCCUUCCUUUGUAUAAUGGCCUCACUCAAGCAAGGGAAGUCUUAACUCUUAAAAGACGGUCACCUGAAAGCAGUGUCAGGUGUGGUGGGCACGUUUUGAUUGUUUUGAACAGAAUGACAAUAAUUUGUGUCUAUUUACACAUGUUUAUUUCGUUGCUCUCAGCUAGAUGAAAAAUGCAAAACUAAUGUCUUCCUCGUCUUUUAAUAUAUGUAACAAUCACCCCUAAGAUGGCAUUAGUAAGUAGAGGCUAAUAAUAAUAAUUGUAAACAAUUAUUGUUUACAGCGAUUUACUGACAACUUUUUGGGGUUCUAGCAAUUUGCCUCUAAACAAAGGGGAGCCAAUUUUUUUUAUCAACUUAGGUUUGACUGUAACCCAAUUAUGUUUUCUUUCCUGAGAGGUAAUUAUGUCCUAUUUCACAGGGAGUAACAGUGUGAAUGUGUUUCUUGGUCUUGGAUUGCCAUGGGUUAUAUCCACUUGUUAUCAUGCAGUGAAGAAAACCAAGUAUAUUGUGUACAGUGGAAACCUAACCUUCUCUGUCGUGAUAUUCUCAUCGUUUGGACUUGUCUGUAUUUUGACCCUUGUCAUAAGAAGAUGGGUAAGUUCUCUUGCCAAAAAAUGGUUCAUACGUCCCAUUCUUUUUGUAAACAUUUCUUGUUUAAAACUGAAAGGUUUGAACCCAGGAGUCAUUUCAUAAGUAGGUUGAGUAUGAUCGUCUGCGUGAAUGUAGUCCUGAAUAGGACUGUUGUUGUUGAGAGUGUCCAGUCAUUCUCUGGAGAAGUGAUAAUUUGAGUAACAAUAAACAACUGUUUAACUUUGACAAUAGAUGGAUCAAAACACAGCAAUGAUAUUACGAGUCUUCAUAGCCAAUAACAUCACAGCCUAACUGAUAGACGACCAAUAAAAUCACGACUUAAUUGACCAGUCAGGUCAAUAACCAGAGUUUGAUACCAUCAACUGACGUGAUACAACUCACUUUGACUCUGAAGAUGACUACUGCACAGGUUGUUGAAAUGUCAGUCAACAACAAAAGUCCUAUUCAGGACUACGUUCACCUAGACAAUCAUACGCAAUGUACUUAUUUCUUGUUUAGUGAGGUGAACUUGUUAAGUGAACCUUUAUCUUGUUUUAACUAUUGGUGUAAACAACUACAUGGAUGGUAAAGCUUUCAGAAAAAUGUUAGCAAAUUAUUAAGUUUGUACUUACUUUAGUGUAGCAUUUCCCCUAGAGCAGUUCCCAUGUUUUUAUUCCAUUAAUUACCAUUAAUUAAUUAAGCUCCUUUUCCUUUUCCCUGCUGUAAAUUCGUUCUAUUUAUUAUUAUUUAUAAAAUAAACUCAGUCAUCUGAUUGUGGUCAUUCAUUAAUAACAGAUUUUUUCUACAGGUUACUGAUUUAAUGAUAAGUAUUAUAAUUUCUUAGGUAAUCAAAGGAGAACUUGGUGGCUCAGCAACAUCAAAGUGCUUAACAGGCUUAUUCUUGGUGUUCCUGUGGUGUAGUAACAUUGUGCUGUCCUCACUUAUGGCUUAUGGAAUGUUGCCAGUGACAUUUUGACACUAUCGCAUAUGAGUAUGCUGCCCCAGGUCUAAGCUCGAUUACCAGCUGGUGUUUGGGAAAUGAGCCUACACUCCUCCCUUGACACGAUCAACCAUCCCAUGCAUCCAGCUGUCUCUUCUUGGGAAGGACCAAGAGAGCAGUGGAAACUGAGCCUAGCUCACAUCACAAGGCUAAAAAGGUUUAGAGAAAUUAGUUGUGUAAUUUCUUUAAACCUUUUAAGCCUUGUAAAAUAAUAGUAUUUUAAUCUCCACCGAAUAUUAUGGACAUCAUUGGUUAUUUAUUCUGAAAAAAUGUUUAAAUUGAAAAUCAUGAUGUUUUCCAGUCUUCCCAUUCCCAUGAUGCAGCCUCUUUCCUGAUUGCUGAUUGUAUAAGAAGGUAGUUUUAAAAAAAUGUUUGUCUACCAGGCGUUGAUGUUUUAGUGCAAUCAAAGUCAUGAAGUGGAUUACCACAAAUGACCUAAUAAAUGCCCACUUCCAAAUAUUAACGCCUCUUAUAAUGACCCCUGUCUAAUAGAAAGCCCCUUGAAAAUUUCCCCAAAAUACUAGGAAAUGGCAAAAAAGAGUAAAGUCAAUCAAUUUAUUCAUUUCAUUGCUUGAUAAAUAACAGUUUGUGUAUUUUUAGUUCAAAGUAAGAAUAGCGCUCUUUGAUCCUCUGAUAUACACCAAUUUUAAUUGGUGUAAAUUUAUGCAAUAGCAUUUAAAAAUACAUAAUUUACUAUACAGUAAUCUACUUUUUAAAAUGCUUAAGCAAUGAAAACGAGUGUCAAACUAUGGUGUGGAAAUAUUCGCAAUAGGUGGACUGAAUUUUUGCCGAAAACAUGCUGUAUAAGUUUUGUUCAGCUGUUUUGAUGAGUUAAAAUUAUGCAAGUAAACCCCUCUCUCAAAUAAAUGCCUCCUAUCUUUUAAAUGCCCUUGCUUAGACCCCUAAAAUUAAAUAGACACCCCAGGUGUUUAUUAGGUCAUUUACGGUAUUACCGUAAGACAAACUAGUGUUAGUCGAGCUACCUUUUCAAGAUCAGAUGAAGGUUUUGGUUCAACACUGUCUUACCAUCUGCGUAGUGUGUGUAGCUGUGAUAUGUUAAUACUUUAGUAAAGAGGACCUGAAUGCUGUUUAUGGCAAGAACUUUAUUUGAAAGGCUGUUUAGGGCUUUAAGGUGGAAACCAAAAAUAAAAUAAUGUUAUGUUAAAUAAGAAUUUGCAGUUUUGGUGUGGUUUAGAGUAAAUAAAUGUCACUGUAAAUAUUAUUGAGCUAUAACAAAACAGCUGAAUCAUAUGUUACCAUUUUGAAUUCUUUUUGAGUUUAAAAGUUCAGAAAGAGGUUACCCGGUGAAAUUCUAGAGGAAAAAUGGAACGUUUUUUUAUGAUUGUACAGUUAUAGAGAAACAUUUUUGUUGUGAUGUCUUUUAACUUACAUUUUUUUAAAAUAUAUUAAAUAUUUUAUAUGGGGUAUUUGAGGCAAAUCUGAAUCAUUGAUUCUUGUUGCCUUCAGGGGAGGUCCUCUUCGCACAGGCACAAAAUGCAGUGUGUGUGUUUCUGACUUACAAUAUAUUCUGAGAUGCACUUGGACAGUGCCCC